UCUCCUCUUUUGAAGGGGAAACGUUUCUGAGGAGUAAUCACACUGAAUCACGAGGCCGUAAAAGGCUUGUUGGCUUUGCAAGCCAACAUAUAUUCGCAACACAUAUACCCCACACGCAUAUAGAGUACACUGUGGCCUGAACUGCUGGAAUAAUCGUGGGAAGUAACAUGAGUUUGUUGUGUCUUCUCGGCGCGCCGCUGCACUGCUUUCCAUACGGGGCGGAGUGCCUCUCAGUCCGGCGCGCGACGCCCGUCGCGAGCUUCUCUCCCCCUGCCGUCUAUCCCAUAUCUGACCUAAAAACAUGGGGUUAGAAAGGGAAAAAUUGGACACCAGUAUUGUCAUGGACGAAUAUGAAUUCAAUAGGUCCAUCGAGCCUAUUAUAAAAGGAGAGUUGUGGACAACGGCUCCGGAUCGAGAUCUAAAUGAUGUCAACGCGCAUAUGAAGGUGGGCUUUGAAGAUGUCAUUGCGGAACCCAUUUCCACACACAGUUUCGACAGAGUUUGGAUUGGAAGUCAUGCCGCAUUUGAGCUGGUCAAAUUAUUCUGCUACCGCCUGCUGACCACCCUGCUGGCCGUACCCAUGGCGUUCAUCCUCGGAUUAGUUUUUGGAGUGCUUAGCUGUCUUCAUAUCUGGUUGGCGAUGCCCACAAUUCAGAGUCUCAUGAUGUUCUUGCCAUCUUUGCAGAAAAGACUGGUUACAUUGACUACAUACAAAACAUCUGAAUACAUCAAAGACAUUUUCUUAGACCCAAGGAGCUACUCUGCUGCCAGACUAUGCAACAUCAUUGAGCUACCAGGGAUAAGUCCACUGUCAGGCUCUCUGAGGGAAGCCCCUCUGAAUCUGGUUCGGCGCCACCCCCUCGCACUGUGUCGCCUGUUUCAACGCGAGAAAGCCUUCAAACCUGAGGACAUAAUGACAGGAGAACUGAGGGACGGAGAGAACGACGAGGAGUUUUUACAUUCGCCUUUCAUCCGAAAACAAGGAAACAUAUACAAGCCGAACAAUAAAGACAUGGACAACGACAGCCUGAAUGAGAAGACUCUAGAGGAUGUCCACACCAAAGAGAUAGAUCUGGUCAACCGUGACCCCAAGCGUGUAAACGACGAUGUUGUCAAGGUGGAUUUUGAGGACAUUAUAGCAGAGCCUGCAGGAACCUACAGCUUUGACGGUGUGUGGAAAGCCAGUUUCACCACUUUCACCGUCACCAAGUACUGGUGCUACAGGCUGUUGACAGCGCUGGUCGGCAUCCCACUGGCGCUGAUAUGGGGAAUCUUCUUUGCCAUCCUGUCCUUCCUGCACAUCUGGGCUGUGGUGCCAUGCAUCAAGAGCUACCUGAUUGAGAUCCAUUGUAUCAGCCGCGUGUAUUCCAUUUGCAUCCAUACCUUCUGUGACCCCCUGUUUGAGGCAAUGGGCAGAUGUUUCAGCAACGUUCGAUUCCGCAUGACCAAAGAGGUGUAAUAUUCAGAAAUUGGAUGGAAAUGGGAGGGAGGGGGAAUUGGGAGAGGAUUGGAGGAUCACAAAUGGAGGGAAAAGUUAUAAAAGAAAAAUAUAGAUCUCUGGAGAUAUGUGAGACAUUUUCAGAGCCAGGCAGGGGAUGUUCAGAGGUGGCAGGGCAUGGUCACAUGGCACCUGAUCCUGUCUUUCUUACCAGCUGUUUUAAUUUUCUCCACUGUUGGCAUAACCAAAUGGUUAUGCACAUAAAAUUAGAAGGUUAUUCAUCUGGGUAUCUGUCGUUGUUGUUUUGUUUUGUUUUUUGUUCUUUUAGUGUGUACAACUUUUGGAACUCAUAUCUUCUCCCACUAUUACCUUUCAUAAGCACACAAACAAGUUUCAUGUCAUUAGUUUUUGCCACAUCUUGUAGAUUCCUGCCAUUAAUUACUGCCUUUUAGAAAGCUUGCCACACUGAAGUAACUCUGUGAGGGAAUAUGUCAGACUGUACCAAUGCUGUCUUGUGCAUGUGUUUGGUUUUUUAAAACCACCGGACAGGCUGGGAUGGUCAGAUGUCAGGGUUUUGAUAGUCAGUGAAAAAACAAAGAGCACAUUCUGUCUCACUCAGCAAAGUUUAAAACAACUGCGCUCUGUAAGCAGCCCUUCCCUCUGUUCAUACAUACAUCAAAUGCAACCUGCCUCCCCUCCUCUCUCCCUCCCACGGCUCUCAGCAGUCUGACACACUGAACAUGUCCUCUUGCCUGAAUAUAUCUGUGUCGCCUUGCUUCCGCCACAACUGUCGAGCUGUCCGGCGGUGCAGAAAACCAUCUCUUCAAAUCACUUUGUUUCACUUACCACCUAAAUUACGUUCUUCACUGCGGGUUUUUUCAUCAUCACCCCUAGCAGCAACGUGUGACCGAGAAUAUUAAUGAAACUGAACAAACCUGUUCUUAUCUUUUAACGCUCCUGAGAUUUGUAAUCAGUUUCUAUCUUACUUUGAGACUCACUGCAUUUAAAUGCACAAUAUCUAUGCCUCUAAGUCUUAUUGUUUUCACUUUGUCAUAAAUAUGAAGAAGUUUAUUUUUUUGCAAUUGUUUUGUUAUCCUGUAUGGUCUUUGUGGGUGUUCAUAUAGAAAAGAAUGGCCUUAUUCCAGCGCUUUAAUCUAUUGAGAAGUAUUCUUAAUUGAUUAAAAACAUUUUUGCAUUUUCAAAGAGAGUAGAGAACUAGCUGUUAAAGUUGCAACCAUAUGUGCUGUGUACAGAGUAAGGCAAUAGAAUUAAGACAAUGGGAGGCGCAAUGUGUGAUUUUGAAUUUCUUUUGUCUUUUUUUGCUACCGGAACAUAAAAUGGCACCCUCACCUUAUGUCUGUCUGCACAAGGUUUGUUCUGUUGUUGUUUUUUUACUAUGGAUAUGAUGCAAGGAGGCAUCGAUGUGACACCUCCCACUUUAAAUUUGGGUGAAUCCAUAUGAGGUAGCCUUCUGAUAUUUCCUUUUACCGUUUUAUCGCAGGAACAUGAUGAUUUUUUUCCUUCCUUGCUUUUACUGUAUAGUAUCAUGCUGUGCACAUUAAAAGUUAUCAUAAUCCUGUGUCAAUUUUUAAUUUUUAUCACCUAUGGUUUUUAUUUAAUUAUAAACCUGUGCCUAUCCAAGAAGAUUCUAACUGAACAGUGGAGUUUUUGUCUUGUUUUACUUGUGACACUGAGUCAUAGCAAAUGUAAUUUUUUAAUAAGAACAGCAAAUACUGUAACUUUAGUGACUGUUUUCAUCAAGUGCAGGGCAGCAACCAGUAAGAUAAAGCUGUUUUGUGAAAGUUAUAUACAUAAACAAGCUGGACCAACUGAAAAAGAAUUUCCAGGAGCAGUGCCCUCUGCAGUGUAUCAGACUCUGUGUCAGUGGGGCAAAAUGCUUGCAGUGCUGGAGGAAAAUUCUUUUUUAUGAGUAUGGCAAAAUGUUUCCUAGGUUACGGGAGAUACAAAUAAAAGCAUGAGUAACACUCAUGACAUUUGUGGCUGGUUGACUAAAGUUGAUUACA